GAGUGUUUAUCGACCCAGCGCCUGCUCGCUCUCGGACGGUGGCGCAUUUUUCAACCAGUGUUCAAAAAGCCGAGUAUCCCGACAUGAAGCUCCGAGGAUUACCCGUUGAAUUGCGUCCCGGUCCAGUCGAUCUACUGCCCGCCGGGAAAAAAUGCGUCUUACUGCAACCCUGCAGCCUUUGCAAGCUCCACCACCGCACGUACUUCAUAUGCGAAGACAGUCAUAUCACCUGCACGGACUGCUUUCUCUCCGAUCAACCGUUGACCAGAGCUAACCGGCAUCGCAGUGAGGGCUAUUGCAAGAGGUGCGACACUCAAAUGACCAUGUUCAGAGUCGAAAUACCGCUGCAUCUGUUGCAGAACUUGGAGUUCAAGUGCACAUGCGGCUUCAUCGGAAAAUUGGUCGAUAUCAAGAGGCACGUAAAAUCUGGGGAUUUCUCCCAGAAGUGCUGCGGGGUUGCCGAAGAACCCGGUCCUUGCACUGACGAGUUCGAUGUGGAAAUGGCGAAACUAGACACCCUCCUGUCAGAGAGCGUUACGGAGUUCGAAGACUCGCUUGUGAGAAUCAAGGAACAACAUGGCGAGAAAUUCGCGAACGGAGUCAAGCGAGUAUUGGACCCAAAAGUUUAUGGAUACGAAUUUUCGGUAAAUUCUUCAAUGCUCCUCGGUCUGGUGUACACUCGGCUCAAAGAUCUCCACCGCGAUCUGGUGAGGCUGCGGCGAGCGAGCAUGAAUGUCACACCGAUUGUGCAAGAUCUCUACCAAAAGCUGACCCUGACACAAGGCUAGUCGUCAGACGGAGCGAAGCGUCCGUCCGGAAGGACCAGCCUAGCUAAUUUUCGAACGACAUCCGCCUGCAACCAUGCACGUCCCGCGUACCCGCGGGGAUUCCGAAGAGUUUUGACCGCUGCGUGUUUUUACCGAACGCCCUGCCGACUCGCAGGGCUGUGGAAAUUGUGAAAUUGUACGAAAUCAUGGCCUCCUCAUCCUCGAAAUCAGAACGGGAUCUAGCUUUGAAAAAUAAUGAACAAUAAAUGACAAAGAUGCUCGAUAUGA